AAGGUCUGUUUGGGAUAGUGGCAAAUAAAAGUUCAGCAACCAAAGGAACCCGACGGUCGAAGAUUUGAAAACCGCUGCUCUACCGAAUUUCCAAACAAAUCCGAGCACGAGUCUAGUGUCUGCCUCAUCGUGGAGCUUCCCUCUCGUCUCACCCUGCUUACUCUUCACCCUCCUUUUGCAGAAAGUGCCGCCCAAUCAUCGGUAUCGUUGGAUUAUCCUCCGCCAAUUUCUCCACAGGACCAAAUUAACCAGAGUAGUAUGCUGAGGAGGUGUACCAAUCACCCCAGAGCUGAUCCUGAUGAUGUUGUCCUGAUUGACAUUGAAAGUAAUGACGUUGACAAUGUCAUUGUUAUCGAAGACCCUGAGGACUCUGAAGGAGAUAUUCAACAGACGAUCAUUUCGAGUGAAUCCAAAGGGCACCUGCAUAAAAACAUAAUUUGUUUAACUGAUGAUGAUAGUGAUGCAGACAGCGAUUUCAACUGGAGUAAAGAAAGGUCCUCUCAAACCUCUAACAGGAGGAUGAUGCGAGAUGAAAAUAGAGAUGAUUGUGAAUUUGUUCGAGAAAGCAAAGCUCCAUUGAAGCUAUCAAAAUGCCGAAGAACUUGCUCUGGGAGAAGUGCUUCCCGUCACAAUAGGUAUGGCUUGAGCUCUGAUUCAGAGACCAGCUUAUCUGAUUCUGAUAGUGAGUUGAUCGUGGAUUCUUUUGGAAAGCUUCAGGAAGACUGGGAGAAAGCUUCCUGUAGGAGGAAAUAUCGUAACCAGAAUGCUCAGUCUGGUGUUAACGGGAUUGAAAGUACAUCAAGAGCUGAAUUACAACAUGAGAGAGGGCAUGCUUGUAAUGACAGUUCCAGCUCUUCCAGUUUGAGAAAUGAAGGUAGGCAAAACCCUUAUGGGGUUUCCUCAUUUUAUAAGAAUUGUGCCGAUGAUUUGGAUAUUGAUUUUCAAGAUAAAGUUAAUAACCUAUCAUCUGAACCCUGUGCAUCAAAAUCUUUGUCUUAUGGUGUCAAAAGCUCCAGUCACAUAAAUUGCAGUUCACUUGGUAAAGGAGAUUGCUUAGAUGAAGAUAGAUGUUCCUCUAGUGGCUUAGAUGGUAAUGAUGCCUACCGUGGCAGCUAUUAUACCACCAAUUACAACUCUCAGUUUACCAAAGAGUCAACCCAUGAAUGCAGUAGCUCUGAGGAGAAGAUUUCAUUUUCUGGAGGCUUUGCAUUUGAAAAUCAUGAGUCGUGCUAUGAACAUAAUAAUAAUGGUCACAUUCUUUUGGUCAACAAAUUAAGCCCUAGUCCAGGUGAAACCUGUAGUAGGAAUAUAUCAUGCUGUGAAGGAAUCAGCACGGGAAAAGAGCAUAUCAAAGGAAUUGAUGAAACCGUACUUGAGGGUAAUGGUUGUUCGUUGAUUACUGAAAAGGAAAGGCUUAAAGAAACGGAUGAAUACAAAAAGGCGCUCGAGGAAGAACUGGCUUCAAGGCAGCGGGCAAUACAGAUUCAGGCUGAAGAAGCGCAACAACUGCGACGGUUGGUGAAGAGAAAGAAAGCAGAAAGAAUGCGUUUAUUAGACAUGGAGAGAAGGCAAAAAGAGCGUUUGGAUGAAAUGAGAGAGACACAGAAGAAGGAUGAAGAGAAUAUGAACACAAAGGACGUGAUUCGCAAUCAAGUUAGAAGAGAACUUAGGAAAAUUGAAGCUACAUGCCAUGACAUGGCAUCUGUGUUGCAGGGCUUGGGCAUUGUAGUUGGUAGCAGCCCUUCUCCACAUUUAAAUGAGGUACGUACAGCCUACAAGAAAGCCUUAUUGACCUUCCACCCCGAUCGGGCUUCAAGAGGGGAUAUUCGUCAGCAGGUUGAAGCUGAAGAGAAAUUUAAGCUUAUCUCCCGCAUGAAGGAGAAAUAUUUGCCAAACCUAUGACGUCACACCUUGCACAUAUAUGAUAUCAAACUAUAGUAAUUUUGAUUACCAGUGAAACCUUGUACUUGGUAUUAGUUUUCAAUCGGUUACAAGAUAUCAACUAAAAGCUCAUUUCAACUAUAUUGUUCGUAGCCGUUAGGAUGCUGGAAUUUGGAAUUAUAGAGUUAGAAUUCCCAGGAGUUGGAAUUGAGUUGGAAAACUAAUUGUUGUAUAAGUUAUUCCGUGCAACUAAAUUUUAUUCAUCGUCUCCUCUUUCCUUUUGGAUUUGUUCUACUAAGAUUGUUUUAUGUAAAAUUUGAUAAAGUUUGUGUAAUUCUAAAUUAUUUUUGCU